GUAAACCCCUGUUUUUUCUGCUAAAAAAAAGGAAAAUAGGGCUGAUUCCGUUCCUAUCUCUCCGGACGGUACAGACGAAACCCUAGACGAUCAGACAUGGAUCUAGAGGUGGUGGGACGCCACGCGCUGCUCUUCGAUGAUGACGCGAUGGCAUCGUUCGUUAACUCCCCGGAGGCGCUCGUGGAGUGGAACUCCCUCUUCAUCGAUCGAUACGACGUGCGCCACCUCCUAUCCUCUCCUCCGCCUCCCCGCAAAAAGCGGUGCUAUCCUUCCUCUCCGGUGCUUAAUCCGGAUGGUCACUUGGAGUCUGAGCUCGAUGUUGAACGUUACCAGGAUUUACCUCCUCCCUCUGCAUCGCCAUCCGGGACUCAAGAUGGGGAAAAUGGUGAGGAACCAAUGAAUGCUGGGGGGUAUAAUGCUGUUCCCUUUUCUUAUGGAGAUGCUGGUGAAUCCACUGAGCAAAAGGAUGCUGAUGCUGAUUCUGAUUUUCGUCCGCCCUUUCCUGUACCCGAGAGCUUGCUUCAAAACCUACCUCCCACAGAAAAGCUACAUCAGAUUAUUGCAAGAACAGCUACAUUUGUAAGCAAACAUGGUGGGCAGUCAGAAAUUGUUUUGAGGGUCAAACAGGGAGACAAUCCAACAUUUGGAUUCUUGAUGCCUGAUCAUCCCCUCCAUCCAUACUUCAGGUUUCUUGUUGAUCACCAAGAACUUUUGAGUGGCAAAUCUCAGGAAGAAGGGAUCAAAUCUGAGACAGGUGGCAUUGGAGGGGGUGGUGCGCUAUCUUUGUUGGGAACAGUGUAUGGGUCUGGGGAAGACGAGGAAGGCACAGCACUGAAUGCCUCGGAACAUGAAAGAAACACCUCUGUUGAAGCUGGUUCUGCUAAUAAAACUGUACAAAGUGGAGCAGAACAGAAAGAAUCUUCUUCAAGUCUUGAUGAGAAGGAUAAGACUGUUCAUAAACAUUUGCCACCUCUGAAAGACAAAGCUUUUGUCUUGAAAAGAAACCGCUCAAUAAGUACAAAUAAGGCUGGAACUGCAAGUGGGAUGAAGAAAGAAAAUGAUAGCUCUGCUGCUGACAAAUCAAGGGGUUCAGCUUUGCCACCCACAUUAAAGGUUAAAUUACCUGUUGUGGAGCCUCCAUCUGAUUUAAAAAGAGUGGUUGAUAAGAUUGUUGAAUUCAUCAUGAAAAAUGGGAGAGAGUUUGAGUCUGUUUUGGCUGAGCAAGAUGUUAAGCAUGGGAGGUUUCCUUUCCUGUUGCCAUCUAAUCAAUAUCAUCCUUAUUAUCUAGAAGUUCUUCAAAAGGCUGAAGAGUCAAAGUUAACUGGCAGGGGCAUUAUUCCUGAGAGGCAUAAUUCAUCCAGCCUUGGAGCAGAGAAGAAGGCUAGCAGAGAAAGUGAUGUUGUAUCUGUAGGAUCUGAUAUACCCUAUGAUUCUGACAGGAAAGGGAAGUUUAAGAUGGUGAUUGGGAAGUCAAAGAAGGAUGGACAAGACUCUCCUUCCAAAGCAGCCCAGCCACAAAUUGGAGUCUCUGUCGAUGCAGCUUCAGCUGCUGCAAUUCUUCAGGCUGCAAGAAGAGGCAUUAAGAAUCCCCAUUUAGAGAUUCUCUCCAAGACAUCCCUAAAUGGUAGCAGUCAGACCCAUAGUAGCGAAGGUGUCCCAACUCCAAGCUCUGGAGGCCAAGUGUCUCAUCUGUCUGAAAAGAGCGGGGAGCCAAAUGUUACUGCUCCUAUCGCCAAUGCUCUGGCAAAGACGGCUGCGAUUGCAGCUGCAAGUGAGGCUGAUUCCUCUGAAGCUUCCUUGAGUAAGGAACAGAAGCUGAGGGCUGAGAGGUUGAAACGGGCAAAGAUGUUUGCAGCCAUGAUUAAAAGUGGUGCUGCACCACUAAAAACUGAACCAUCACGUGACUUGUCUCUAGAGCCACCUGAGUCGGGGUACUCUGGAUCAGGAAAAGAUGGUAUAAAUCUUUUGGGAAAAGAAAGAGAGGGCAGUUCACAGCAGCCUGAGUUUAAUACAUCUGAUAAAACUGAAAAGAAUGAGAAGAAUUAUUCUGGCACUGAACAUAAAGACCGAAGAUCAAAGAGGAAGUACCGUUCAAGAUCAGAACAACAUGAAGAAGCUGAUGAUGGGCAGGAGGAAGAAGCAGAAGACGAGAAAGGAAGAGAUCGUAAGCACUCUAGGAGAAAGAGGCGAUCUCAUCACUCAUCAGACCACAGCAGGGAUAGACACAAGCAUGGUAAAAGGCAUUCCUCUUCAAAGCACAAAGAUGCUGGAUUUAGGCAUAAGCACGAUGGUAUAUCUGAUGACGAAGACCGGCACAAACGUGAUAGGUCUCCUGAUGAUGAUGAGUAUCAGAGUUCUCAUCACCAUCACAAGCAUGACAAAUCAUCUGAUGAUGAGCAUCAGCAUUCUCGACAUCGACGCAAUUAUGAUGACUCUUCUGAUGAUGAAUAUAGACGCUCUCAACACCAUAGCAAGCAGAAAAGUUCCUAUGAUAAUGAGCACAGGCACAGGAGGAAGAGAUACCAUCACUCAGAAAGAGAAACAGAAUUGGAGGAAGGAGAGAUCCGGGCAAAAUCAGAUCAAUCCAAAGUGAGUGAGGGUGAGGGUGCUAGUAGGGAGGCGUCUGUUGAUGUAACAAAAUCAUAUCCUGAUGGAAGGGCUCCAUCUUUGCCAUCAGAGAACGCCACAGAGGCAAAUAGAACAGGUGGAACAGGGGGCAAAUGGAACAGGGUUCAGGUUAAAAUGCUAGCCCAUGAACGGAAAUAAUAUUUGGAAAGAACAUAUAGUAAUUGGUAGUUGUGUUAAUUAAAAAAGUCAUCAAUCU